AUGAAUGAGUUGUUCAAGACAGACAACAAGUAGGCUUUGGACUCAGCAGAGAUCUAUUUGCAUGUACAAAAAUUUGGAAUUGGAUCUACUAUGAAUAUGGUCAACAAAGAACACCCCAGAUUUGGCAAAAGAGGGGAAAUAUGGGGAUUUUUCAUCCUUUUGCUUUAUACCUGCCCUCAUUCCUGUUUUGCAAGCUUCAACCAAGCAAAAGAACUCAUCUAUAGAAUAAAGGAGGGAUUACCUAAGGACACUUUCAUAGGAGCCAUUGGAGUGGAUUUAAAUUUGGAUUUUACAGUUGACCCCCCCUAUUUGUUCAGUGUGGCUCAAAAGAGUCUCAGUGAACAGUAUGUGACACUCAAUAAUAUUACUGGAGAGUUUUCUACAUCUGCUACAGAGAUUGACAGGGAGACACUUUGCCCUGACAACCCAAACAGAUAUGGAUGUUUCCUUUCACUGGAUGUUUUUGUGCUUCCUCAGCAAUAUUUUCAGCUCAUCAAAGUUAAGAUGAUCAUUGAAGAUGUCAAUGAUAACAGACCAAAGUUCCCUGUGGAUGAGAUUCUUUUAUCGGUCCCGGAAAACACACCCAUUAAUGCUCGCUAUGCAGUAGAGCAGCCUGCAGUUGAUCCGGACCUGGGUCUUUAUGGAGUGCAGACCUACUGGCUUGUAAAUGACUUUGGUGUGUUCACGCUGGAUGUUGAAGAAAAUGAAGGAGGGGAGCUAACACCCUUUGUCAUUGUGACAGAAUUGUUGGACCGAGAAACACAAGCUGAGUACAUCACAGACAUUAUUGCAGAGGAUGGUGGCACCCCACCUCUGCUUGGUGCAGCCACUUUAAAAGUUGUCAUCUUGGAUGUAAAUGAUAACUGUCCCCAGUUCACAGACUCACACCUUAAUAUAACGCUGCAUGGGAACUCCACCAAAGGGACCCAUUUGGCACGUCUACAUGCUUUUGACCCUGACCUUGGUGCUAAUGCUCAGAUCAGCUAUGCUUACAGCGAGCGUGUGCCAAGGGAGACCAGGAGCUUGUUCCAUUUGGACAGGAGUACAGGAGUGAUCAAACUAGCAGGGAAAAUAGACACUAGUACUGCAUUACUUUACAAACUCACUGUACUGGCCAAUGGACCUGGUUGUAUUCCCGCUGUUGCCGCAGUUGCUAUUCAUUUGAUAAAGAUUCAAAUGGGGCCCCCUGCAGUCAUCCCUAGAUACAUCGCACAGGAAAAAGAUGGCGUGGUGACAUUAAAGGAAUCUGAGCCCGUAUUUACUCCUAUUGCUUUUUAUACUGUCACUAACAUCGAUGUUAGGCACAGGGUGAACUGCCAUUUAGAGAGUACAGGCCCUUUUAGGAUUGGGCCCUAUGAGCUCGUAACAAAUGAAUACCUGCUUGAAACUACAGAGGCAUUGGAUUAUGAAAUGACACAGGAGUACGAGAUCAUUGUAGUUGUUGAGAACAGUCACGGGCUUGUUAUCAAAACAUUCCUGAAAGUACAGAUUUUGGAUGAAAAUGACAAUGCUCCAGUCUUUCAGCAGUCUUUAGUGGAAAUAUCUAUUGAUGAGAACAAUCCGCCAAACACCUAUCUCACGCAGCUCCAUGCCACAGACCGGGACAGCGAUGCCCUAGGGGAGGUCAUCUUUCUCCUCGGAGGCGAUGCCCCUGGGAUCUUUGUAUUAGAUCAUGUGACAGGUAUCCUGAGCGUGACAACAUCAAUGGACCGUGAAGAGAAAGAAACAUACCGCUUCAUAGUGAGAGCAGUGGACCAGGGAACCCCAAGGAGGGAGUCAAUUGCCACUGUUGUGGUGACUGUGCAAGACCGCAAUGACAAUAGCCCACGCUUCAUCAACAAGGAUUUCACUUUUUUUGUGCCCGAGAACUUCCCAGGUUAUGGUGAGAUUGGGGUCCUAUCAGUAACAGAUGCUGACGCUGGAGAAAACGGAUGGGUAGCCCUCUCUAUCCUCAACGGUAGUGACAUCUUCAUAAUAGACACAGGCCGAGGAACACUAAGGGCCAAGACUUCCCUUGACCGAGAGCAACAGGGGACAUAUCAGUUGUGGAUUAAGGCCGUAGACGGUGGGGAACCUAUGCUCUCCUCUGUAACCAUGGUGACUGUGCUUCUGUUGGAUGUAAAUGACAAUCCACCAAUUGUCCUCUUUCCUCAGUCCAAUCAGUCCUACAUGUUGGUUCUACCCAACACCUUGCCAGGAACAUCCAUCACUGAAGUUUAUGCUGUGGAUAACGAUACAGGGAUGAAUGCUGUGAUUGCAUAUAGUAUAAUUAAAAGGAAGGGAGGGGAACCUGGAUUUUUUUCCAUCGACCCAGAAACGGGAAAUAUUACAUUAGAGAGGGAACUCAACAACCGAGGUCUCCACAGCCUUUUAGUAAAGGUCAGUGAUCAUGGUCAGCCGGAGCCGCUUUACUCAACAGUCAUUGUUAACUUAUUUGUGAAUGAAACAGUGAGCAAUGAAAGCUAUAUUCAGAGUUUGCUAACAAGAGAAGCUGACAUUGAAAUAGAGGAGAGACCCUGGCAGAUUGGCCAAUUGCAGGAGGGACCUGAGCGGUAUGACAUGUUUCCAUGUAAACCAGCACUCGUUACCCUUUCCGUGACAUGCCUCGGGCUGUUUUUUUCUCUUGUUACAUUGACUGCUUGCAUAUGCUUAAAAAGAUUCCAGAAGCAAAAGACAAAAUCAGAUUGUGAGUUACCUUUGAAAAUGAAGAAAGACUCUAUGCACGUCACUAACAGAAAGUUAAGGCGUGCCUCAAACAUUUGA